CCGGCCCACGCACGACACACGGGCGGAGGCGGAGGCGGAGGCCAGCUCCAACUUCAAACCCACUUCUCGCCUCCGCCGCUUCCUCUUCCUCCUCCGCGCCGGCGCGACACCUUCCCUCUCUGUCCCGCCUGCGCCUCAGCUGCCGCCGCGAUGGCCUCGUCGUCGGCGACGAGGGAGGUGCUCAUGCUGGAGGCCCCGCCGCCGUCCGACCCCGCGCUGGCGCCGUGGCGCUCGCCGCCGGACGCGGAGGCCGUCGACGCGCUGCCCUACAUCGACGGCGACUACGGCGACCCGGCGGUGAAGCGGGAGGUCGACCGCCUCGUCGAGGAGGAGAUGCGGCGCGGGCAGCGCAAGCCCGCCGACUUCCUCCGAGACCUGCCCCCCGUCCCCACCGCCGGAUUCGAGAAUCAUCCUAUGCUUGCUAAAGAGUAUGAACGAGUUAGGGCUGGUAAACCUCCUUUUAUGUUAGAUAUGUCUCGCUAUGGUUUGGAACCACCUCCAAUGAACAAGAGGAAUGAUGUUGCUGCCUGGAGGCAGGCUCUACGGAAUGCUCAGAGCCAGUUGCAGCAUCAAAUUAUAAGGAUAGAGAAUCUUGAGCUUAUGCUGAAAUAUGGUGUUGAUGUUUGGAAGCUCCAGAACAGACAAAUGGAAUCAGUUCUGUCUAGGAUGCAAAAGACAGCUGUCGAAUACAAUGAAAAGAUAGAGACCGUCAAUCGUGAGAGGAAGUUCCACCAGCAAAACACUGGAGGACAGCUCCAUGCCCUGACAAUGGAAUGGCAGGAGCUGUGUCAGAAGAAUAUAGCUAUUGAGGCUGCCUGUGUUGACUUGCAGAAUCAUAUUGAUCAGCUUAAACUUGAAGCAGAAGAACUGGGAAUGCCCAUGGAAGACCACACUGGAACCAAUUCACAAGCAUCAUGAGGGAUUCGAGAUACAGAGGUGGCAAGGAAGAAGUUAUGGCGCUUCAAUGAGAUAGGGAGCUGGAGGUUCCAUUAGCCAUUGUGCUUACUUGACUUGCAGUUAUCAAUUCCACCUGGCUGUUUGACAUUGGAAACACAUUUGUGGACGGUGCCUAGCAAUCCAUCACUAGAAGGUGGUGCUGCUGAAAAUACCUCAAAGAGGAUGAACCUAAAUUUGUGUAUUCUUCGUCCAUUGGAGUGUGCCCUAACCUGUGGUAUGAGUUAUACAACGCUCAUUUGUAUCCCUAUGUCAAUUGCAAAUGUUUGUCGACUUUUCGUGGCUUGAACUUGUAGUGCAGCAUCAAGUUUUUAUAUUAGCUGAAGCCUUCAGUUGCUCCGUUUUACUUG